AUGUUGCAGAUGGACCUUGCGGAGGGUACGCGCCAAAUCCAACUGGGUACGUUGAUGAAAGCAGACGCUGAUGAUGACAGUACCGAAUUGGCGCCCAUUAGCGUACGCGAGCACACGGGCCAUGUUGAGCUCCAGAUGUCGGACGCGCGCACGGUAGUCGCCGGCAGCAAAACGUUCACCGGAACCCCGGGCCCUCAAGGAAGUACGGGGCCGCGCGGCGAAAAGGGCGCCGAGGGCGUGGGUGUGAGCGGUGUGGUGCUUGACCAGAACGCGGAUACCGUCACGGUGUCGUACACGGACGGCACCGAACGCGCCACCAAGGGUAUUCGGGGCCCAAAGGGGCUGGACGGGCUCCACUUUGAGCUUCUGGCCGUCACGCCGCGGGGCAUGUUCGAGAUACAUCUUGGGGUGCGGCAACCCAGUGCGGGUGGGAGAACCCCCAAACAGCCCGUCAAGUUCGAGGUCGGCAGUGUGUACGAGUACACAAACAGCGGUGAAACGUCGUUGGCCAAGGGCCAUACCGGUCCCCGUGGGCUGGGUAUCAAGGGUAUCGUGUAUUGCAGCGAAACCAAGAGUCUCCAACUAACCCUGAACACGCAAACCGUGAUUGAGAUCCCGUACUUUGUGGGGGUCGACGGCAAAAUUGGGUCCGAUGCCAUUGAUCUCGACGAGCCCGUGGCGGGGCCCGCGGGGCCAGAAGGUCCAGAGGGUCCACGGGGCACGGACGGCGGGCUGGAUAUGCAGCACACCACGCCGUACGUGGGUGACGGGGACUACGUGCUGUGGAACGGCAACACGUUUGCCAAUAGUCUCGUAGCCCAGCUGCUAAAUACCGCACCCCAAAAUGUACCGAGCAACGGGACGCCCAGUGUGUACAUGGGCGCGUACGUGGGCAACGACGGCACGUCCACGGGGUCGGUGGGACUCGGCGAGAGCGCGGGAGCCAUGCAACAGGGCGUGCACGCCGUGGCCGUGGCCGCCGGAUCGUUGUCGCAGGGACAGUACGCGAUGGCCAUUGGCCUGGAUGCCGGCGGUGAGAGGCAGGGCACGGGUGCGGUGGUCGUGGGCGUGGCGGCCGGCGCCACUACCCAGGGCGACUACGCCGUGGCCAUGGGGUACAAGGCCGGCAACGUGGACCAGGGUGCACGGGCCGUGGCCGUGGGGGACAUGGUCGGGAUGCAUAACCAGCUCGGUGGCGCGAUCACGCUGGGUGCGGGUGCGGGGUACGUGCAGCAGGGGGCCAAGUCCAUAGUCGCUGGCGCGGGGUGCCUAUGCCAACCAACUCGGUCCAGCUCGGGUCCACCACCCUGCUGCCCGUGCAUGCAAACACGACGUUUCUGCCGUACUAAAUGCGCAACGACCAGCGCGGCGCGCGCAUGUUUUACCACCCCCAAACGCAUGAGAUCACACACGCGGGGUGUGCGAGCAUGGACGUUAGGCUGGACGUGGCGGACGAGCUCAUCGACCGUCUGCUGCGUGUACCGAUCCGGAAAGGGAACAACGCGAUGCGGCUCGGACUGGGCAUGGACGAGCUCGGAGAGGUGGCGCCCGAGUUUAUGGUGGAGAACGGAGUCAACUGGGAUAUGGUGCGUGACACGCUUGAGACGCGUAUCGAGCAGCAGUAUCGCCGCUGCCGCGAUCUAG